UGCUGCGCGCCUAUCGCCUUACCGUUCAGUACUUCCGAUAAUCUUUCAGCAUGACGGUUGCUUUUGCGUUGGUACUAUGUGCCUGCGCAAGAUUCGUAGUUUCAGGUCCUUUCGACCAAUUCGCUGCUUCCAUCAGUUCAUUAACAGCAGGCGCAAACUCUCUAGCUCCCGAUCUAAGUCCUUCGCAGCUCGGCGAGCCAGGUGGAAAACAGUGCGGAACGAACCAGAUUUUUGAUUGUACGUCGUGGCUGAGGAAAGACUGCACCAAUAAACCCCUGUGGCCGAUACUUAUCAAGCCUCCAUUCUGCGUGUUCAAGACCUGCGUGUGCGCCGAGGGAUACGUACGAAGGUCCUUCCUCGACCCCACUUGCGUCGUACCCGAACAAUGUUCGUAAUCAACGUGAGAUCUAAAUAAACUUGUU